GUGCGCGUGUCAAAACUCGCAUGUCGUGCCAAAACAGACCGACGAAGUGGUCAAGACCAAGAGGACAAGAGGUUCUAAAGUUGUAAUGUGUAGGAAUUAUUGUUUAGUUGGUAUGACAGUGUAAAUAUUAGACAGAUCAAGAUGGCUAGUAGAGGAUCUGAUUCAGAUGGUGGAUCUAUGACACCAUCAGAGAGAAGCGAUGAGGAAAGAAGUGAACAUGAUUCAGAUUAUGAAACUGAUGAAGAGGAAGAAGAAAGCUCGGAUAAUUUGAAUGUUGUGUGGACGGGUUAUGGUAAAAAGAAUCCAGUGAUGUUAUUCAAGGUUGAAGCCAUUAUGAACAAAAAAAGUGACUUUAAAACAGUUGGAGAACGUUACCACAUGGCUUAUAAAUUUGCUAACACAGAAUGUAAGAUUAUUCGGAAUAUUCUCCAAACGCAUGGUUUACACGAGAUUCAUCCAAAUAGUUCUGAUUACAAUAUAGUUUGGUCUAAUGGCCAUUUAAAACCAUUCACAUUAAGAAGUAUGACAGAAUAUCAGAAGAUUAAUCAUUUUCCAAGGUCGUAUGAAUUAACACGUAAAGACAGACUGUUUAAAAAUAUACAAAGAAUGCAACAAGUCAAGGGUUUAAGACAUUUUGAUUUUAUUCCAUCAAGUUUUGUUUUACCUGGUGAAUAUCAAGAUUUUUGUUCUGCAUUUUUAAAAGAUAAAGGUCCAUGGAUUGUGAAACCAGUAGCUUCAUCAAGAGGUAGAGGUGUAUUUUUAAUCAAUCAUCCUGAACAAGCACCAUUAGAUGAAAAUGUUAUAGUAUGUAAAUAUGUAGCUAAUCCAUUGCUUAUUGAUGGUUUUAAAUUUGAUGUAAGAUUAUAUAUAGCUGUGACAUCCUAUGAUCCACUGGUCAUUUAUUUAUUUGAAGAAGGUUUAACAAGGUUUGCAACUGUUAAAUAUGAGAAGACAAAUAGAUCUAUAAGAAACCAGUGUAUGCAUUUAACUAAUUAUAGUGUAAAUAAGAAAAGUCAGGAUUAUGUACGUAAUGAUGAUCCCGAGAUAGAAGAUUAUGGUAAUAAAUGGUCCUUAGGAGCAUUAUUAAGAUAUUUACGAUCUGAAGGAAAAGACACUGCAGCAUUAAUGAUGAGAAUAGAGGAUGUUAUAAUGAAAACUAUUAUAUCAGUUGAACUACCUGUUGCUACAGCUUGUAAAAUGUUCAUGCCACAUAGAGGAAACUGUUUUGAAUUAUAUGGAUUUGAUAUAUUAAUUGAUGAUACGUUAAAGCCAUGGAUUAUAGAAGUCAAUCUGUCUCCUUCUUUAGCUUGCGAUAGUCCAUUAGAUUUAAAGAUAAAGGGCAAUAUGCUGUGUGAUUUAUUCAGUCUAACAGGAAUUGUUUGUCAUGAUCCUAUGGUUAAAACGUUACAACAGAGUAAAAGAAAUCUAGAGAUAGCCUCUAAACUAGCAUCAAGAGCUAAGUGGAAAAAUCUUCCUAGAUAUUCAGCUAGAGCACGACCAUCAUCAGCUUGUUCUCAAAAACGACCAUUGUCUGCUGGUUCAACAACACAGAAAAAAGAAGUUAGGAAUCCUGCUUUAGCUGGCCUUAGUGGAGAAGAAAUAAAAAUUUUACGUCGUGUGAAGGAAGAGGAAUCUAGAAGAAAAGGAUGGGUCCGAAUUUUUCCAUCGGCUGACUCAUGGGACACACACUCGCAAUAUCUCCAGUUUAAUACAACACAUAAUUUAAUGUUACAUCAGAGGUUAUACGCAGAAAGACACAAGACUGGAUCUAAAACUGGUGCUAGUCUAACAUCAACUGGUCAAAGAUCAAGGAAUACUUAUUUACAAAUAACUGGAAGUGGUAGUCACACAAAAUUAGAUCCAGAACGUUCUGUAGAAGCAUAUGCUCAGGCUCUAUUGAGAACAAGACAAUAUGAAAGAAGAUUGGGUCCAAGAAAAAAGAGAAAAAAAGGGAAAAAAGGAAAAGCGGGUAAAGUCAGUAGCAGAAGAAUGAAAUUAGCUCAAGGCGUAGCUGAAGAUUUACAAGAUGAAGGUGAAGGUCAGUCUGAUACAGAGGUACCUCAAAUAUCAGAUGAUGAACCUGUGAUUGAACCCGAACCAGAACCUGUUCCAGUUCCAACAAAGAAAAUGGAAAAAAUAGCCCCAACUAAUAAAAAUCCACCAAUUCCUACAAAUCAAAUCAAAAUAAAGGAAAAAGAAUCAGAAGUGGUAAACAAGCCUGUUACUCCCGUGGUAGUUGAAAAACCAGAAGAAAAAGAAGAAACAGAGAAAACCGUUAAAAAAGUAACUUACACAGAAGUUCCUGCACCCACAGGAGCAGUAGCUAGAUUUGAAGAGAAACCACCUCCAGUUGAAGAACCCCCACAAACACCAACUCCUCCACCUAGUCCACCACCUACCCCACCAGAACCUAGAUAUAAUGUAGUAGGAUUACUUAAUAAAGGUAGAACUCUCAGUAAAGUACAAGCUAGAUCAGCAUUUGCGAUGUAUUUAGUACGAGUUGAAGACAGAUUAUUAACAGAUUCUAAUGUAUUAUCUACAGAAGCUAUUGAUGCUUUAAAUGAGCAAAUGGAUUUGGUGUUGAGGUUUUUAAAAAGAGCUGCUGUAAAUUUACAACAAUCAUUUAAAGUUGUUGUACCAAGUCGUAAACUUCCACUAAGUGAUAGAAAACGAAUACUGGCUAAACAGUUGGGAGAUUUUGUUCAUAUCUAUAAUAAGGAAACUGAACAACUGAAAUCUCGUCAACAAAUAGAUAAGACACAUCUGAGACGAGGUGAAAGUACUGAAGGUUUAAAUGAAAACAAGUUUGAUCAUUUUGUUAAAACAGUCAGCGAAGCAGAAUUAGAGGAUGUAUUAACUACGUACACUAGAAUCAAUAAAUCAGCCAGUAUAUUUCUAGGUAGUAAUAGUAAAUCUACUACUAGUACUAGUGAUACUACUACGCAACCACCUAUAUCUACAUCUAAUACUACAUCUACUACUACAACAGAAACAUUAGUUAAACGUAAAGACAGUGAUAACGGUCUCGUUACAUGGGAAGAUGUUCCAAGAACUUUUCUUCGUUUAGCAGUUCGUAGUGCUUCAAAUACAGAUCUUAGAGCAGUGAAUAAUCAUGGGGCAUUCGUGGGUAAUAACAGACCAAUAUCCGCUAAACAUACAUACACUGAUGCUGUAUCUAUAUACAGUCAAAGAUUGCUCCGUCCUCGAUCGGCAUCAACUGGUAAUAUGGCUAAAGGUAAAUCACCUACCAAUAGACCUGUAUCUGCUGUUGUACAACGACCUGUGAACCCUUCAUUUGCUCCAUCUGAACCAACUGUAGAUACCUAUAAUGAACAAGCAAUACAGGAUGCCUUACAGAGAUUGGCUGUUCGUCAACAAGCUCGACAAUACUCUGCAUUUAAUGGAAGUUGUGUCCUCAGUCAAGAAAACAUAGCCACCCGUCCACCAUCUGGUUACCAUGGCAAUAGACCAGGAACAGCAAGUUCUAUCCGUUCAACGCCUGAUAAUAAUUAUAGUAAUAAUACUGGUGCUAAUUUUAAUCAUCAGAACAUUGUUAGUUAUAAUAAUGACAAUCAACAAAAUUAUGUUGCUCCUAAAAUAGCCAAGGUUCGCUACACGUCUGAGGAGAAUAUUACCCGCCCGACAACCAGUUACAAAAGUACUACGUCAUACAUGUCUUCAAAACCACAAUCCACUUCGCAUGGUCGUCAAAAUGUUCAUCACCGCAAUGCUAACACAACCUUUAAUACCUUUAUUGAAGAUGCUGGUCAGGUUCGAGAUAUUGCUAAUGCGUAUGGUCAGAUUACAGGAAAUACUCACUAUAGUACAGGCGGUUAUCAUAAUUCACGACAGUUACAGUUCGCUCAACAACAAAUGUUCAAACAACAGAGAUUAAUGGAGCAAAGUAAAGCUCUGUUGGAACAAAGUCGCGCAAAGCAUCAAGCAAUGGUUGCUCAAGCUCACGCAGCCCAGAGAACGUUAAAUGGUUCAAAUAACACGGAUGGUAAAAAUGAUCAUUCUAAUUCACAGACUAGAGUUACAAGUGCCGAGCGUUCAAAGCAAAGAUUCAGAAACGAUAUGGAAUAUUCAAAACCAAAAGUGAACAGUGCCCAACAAAGUGAACACACAAGGCCCAGGGUAAUCAGUGCUCAGCAAAGUGAACACUCCAAAUCAAGAGUUAGCAGUGCUCAACAGAGUGAACAUUCAAAGCCUAGAGUCAAUAAUGUGCAACAACAUGAACAUUCAAAGCCAAGGUUGAACAGUGCACAGCAGCCUGAACAUUCAAAGCCAGGAGUAAACAGUGCCCAGCAAAGUGAACAUUCCAACCCAAGAGCUAAUUUUGCACAACUAGAUCGCCCUACACCAAGACCGAAUGUAGACGUCAAUGAACAUGCACUUCCAAAAAAGACAGCUUCAGAAGGGUAUGAAAGUUCGCAAACAAGGCCAGUUAGUUCAAAACAAAAAAACACUAAAACACAGCAAAAUGAAAAAACGCACCGACCGACCACAUCUGAAAGCCAACAUAAACAAAAUGAUGGGUUUAACAGUGACGGUCAAAUAAUAGAAACAAGACAAGAACGAAUACAUAAAAAAACAUUGGAAGCUCAACAGAAGCUAGCACAGCAAAAAACACUUGAAGCACCAUCUGGGGAAAAUUUAAGUGAAAAUGAGAAUAACAGUCAAUCUUUUGCUCCUAAACCACCAGAUCAACCAUCCAGUUAUAAAAAACUUCCUAACUCAUACAGAAUAGCCAGAACUAACGCAACUAACAGCAAUGACGAGAAAGCUUUAAAUUUUGAUUUUUAUAACAGUUUAAAAUACGAUGUCCAUACCGGUCAGACAAGAUCAAGAGGUGGUGAUAAUUGGUGACAUAAAAGACCAUGAUAAACAUUCCACAGAUUGAUCUCCACAUCCAGUCAUAAACCAUCAUUUGGAUUAGAUGAAUUAUAAUAAAACUGCAUAGAUUUCUAUUAUAUACAUCAUCGUGAUAGCUUUUUAUAAUAUUUACAGCUUUAAAAGUAGCAUGGUCAUAUAAGUAUAUUUAUUAUGUCAUUAUUAUUUUAAUAUAUUUUAAUGUAGACUUAUAUGACAUUAAACUGCUGCAAAAAAAGAAUCAUUGCUAAAAGUAGAAGUAUGAAUAUUGAAAGCGGAUGUCCAAUGGACCCAAGUCUCAUAUGAUUCAUAUUUUGAGGCAUUAGACCUUUGAAGAUUUUAAAACUAUAAUUUUCAAUUUUCAGUGAUUUGACUACAGUUAUAUCAAGGGUUUUUAAAUUAGAUUGUAUAUAAAAUUUGAGACAGAUCUGCCUGCAUGUUCUGUACAAGGUGUACUUAUUAUUAGCCUAUGGUGUACAUUUCAAAGUUCAGCAGUCACUCACCAAGUCUAGGGUGAUUUUGAAUAUAUUACAUGUACAUGAAAUUAAUUACAUUUAGUUUCUUAAUUAAAGUUCUAAUGCCUCUUUAAACCUACUAAGUUAUCAGUUUUAUGUGUAUUAUAUAUGCUGGUAUAUUUUCAUGUAUACGAAUGAUAUUUAUAUUAUGGUUUAUAUACUGUAGGUAAUAGUAUAUUUAUCUGUGAUGAUCUCCACAUGUAUUAAGAGUAAAAAGCUGUCAGGGAUCAGAUAUGUCCAUUCAAGACUUUUGUCUUCAUCAGUCCCUUUAAUGUAUUAUAUAUAUAUAUAUAUUGUCUGUGAUAUCAGUGACGGAUCCAGGUGAGCCAGGACCCCCUAAAUAACAGUAUAAAAAUUAACUUAUUAUUCUGUUUGUAUGAAAUGUGUAAAUUCGAUCUUUUUGUUGGAUUGGUUGAAAUUGAAUGUUAUAUUCGGACCAGAUAUUCGCCAGAAGUCACAAUUGACUCUCAGACUUUUUAAAAUUUCCUCGGAGGACAAUCAAGCAACCAGACACCCCCCCCCCCCCACCAAAUAUCCUGCAACCGUCACUGUGUGAUAUACACCAGAGUAACUUCAGCAAGUAAUGAUAAUUAUGUGAUAAAUAGAUAUAUAACAUUGUGUAUAUUAUACUUGUAUAUUCUGUUAUUUACACCUUUCCUCCAUUCUGUUAAAUAGAUGUGACUCUGUGUUGGUAUAAGUAACUGAUAGUAAUACACUUGGUGUGUACUUCUGGUAAAUUUACUUUGGGUUAAUAUGUGGUAAAAUCUUAUUGUGAACAUAACUUUCAGUCUGAGAGCUCUGUGGCUCUAUGGUAUACAUGUAUAGCCAGGUACCCCAAUGUAAUUAUCCAAUUCAUGCCCCAAGUAAGUUAUGUACUGGUACCAAACGGUUGGUAUUGUGCAUGAAACAAUGGUGCUACAUGCUGUCCUGUGUCAGGAUUGGUAAGUGCACAUACCUAAUAAUUAGAAAGUCAAGAAAAGAGAUGAAAUGAGAUCAAAAUUUGACUGUAGAUCUGACAAAGAAAAGAAACAUUGUAAGGUCUAAUACACAGGAAAGGUCCCUCUUUACAUCCAUCCAUCUAAUUAUUAGCCAUUGACUACUGUAUACUGCACACAUUAUUAUCAUUAUUAACAUUGUAUAUAUGUAAAUAACAAUGCUAAAUUGUAUGAAACUAUUCUCAUGGGUGGAUUUAUACAUAAAUUAAUUGUCUCUAUUGUCUUGUCAUAUUCUAUAAAUAUUAAAUGUGACCAGCUCCAGCUAAAUGAGAUAUGUUUGUACUUAAAAGAUUGUUAAAUUGUGUUUUAUAUGAAAUGAUUUAGAUAUUUGAAGUUGGUACGAUACUUCAUAAUACUACUAUUCAGAUAUAAGUGAUUGAAAUGACUAAAAUAUAACAAAAAUAAAAAGAGAGUCAAUCUUUUGCCUUUGAGCAUUGUUGGAAUUGAACUAAGGUAAUUUUUAAAGACGACAAUAUUUAUUAACUAAAAGAUUGUUUUCUUGUUUUAUGUCAUAUCUAAAAUAAGGGAGUGUGACAUGUCUUAUUUAGCGGGAGCUGGUUGCAAAUUGUACAAUGAAUAUUAUGUUUAAAGUAUGAUGUAGUUAAUUUACUUUUAGCAUUCUCUCCAAUACAAUUACACUAAAAAUAUGAAUAUUUUAGAAUAUGUUUUAUUAUUUCUCAAUUCUAUUUCCACACCACAUCAGUUAUCGUGAGUGACAAAAUUAAAUUACCCGUACAUGUAAUUGCAAUUCUAAACGUUCCAGGUUCACAAUCAAGAAUUUCCUCUGGUCUUCCUAUAUAACAUGGUUUUAGUUAAAGAAUCCUUACUUUUUGACAUUCUAAAUAUUGAGAAAGAUGCUUUAUAGAAAGUUGCGUAUAUUAUAUUUAAUUUUUUUGUCUCUAAGUCUAAUACUGUGAUAUCAACAUAAUUGACUUCUUGAUGUUUAUCUUUUAAAAACAUUCAUUUUGUACGUUAUGUGUUUGUUUAUGUUCUGUGUAUAAUUGCAAUAAUUUUAUUAAUUUUGAUUUCUUCCGAGACGUCCAUUUGGGUUUGGAUUAUUUUGAUAGUUCAAGUGAUAAAAAUUUGAAUCCAGACUAAAUGACAAUCUGAAGGAGAUAAGAAUUUGUGAAAUUUAUUGACUAAUGAAUGCAUAUUAUUUUGUUAGAUAUUUUUAGUCAUCAUCGCCUUUAUUUCAUACCUCAGCAUACUACUAUCUUGUUAUUUAAUUGUAUAUAUAUAGCAAAUAAAUGAAUUAUAUCUAUAUUAUAAUAAAUUAUCAAAAAACCAAA